AUGAUCGCAAAAGAACCUCGAGCUUCAAUAGACUUGAGCCACCAUAUCAAUGUCGUCUCAAGAUCACGCAACCCUAGCCCGCUCAAGGACAUUGUCAAAUAUAUGGCUGUUGAAGGCAUGGUCAGCUUGGCUGGAGGAUUACCGCACCCAUCCUUAUUUCCAUUCGCCAGCGUCUCCCUAUCGGCCUACAAAUCCAACACAGUCCUUGAUGCAUAUUCGCCUGACGAGCAGCAUCCCUUGGCAGACGACAUCAACAUAGGGCGAGACUCUGCCGCGGAGCAAAUGGGACUCAUCACAGCUCUGCAAUACGACUCGGGCCCUGGCCAUACUGCACUACGCACGUGGGCUGUCAAGUUUGUGAAAGAAGUCUUUAAGCCGGCCUACGACGAUUGGGAUGUCAUCCUAAAUUCGGGGAACACGGAUGGCUGGACCAAGGUAGUACGCCUGCUAUGCGAGAAUGGCGACUAUCUGCUCUGCGAAGAGCAAACCUAUCCCUCGGCACAGGCCGUCUGGGCACCAAUGGGCUGCAAAGCUCUCCCAAUCGCCAUUGACGACCAAGGUCUGCGCGUUGAUGUUCUUGAAAACCUUCUGUCCGGGUGGCAGUCGUCUCACCCUGGCAUCAGGCGACCACGGCUCCUUUACACCGUGCCAGUGGGUUCAAAUCCAACCGGGACCACUAUGCAGGAAGCCAGGAAACGAGCAAUAUACGACGUGUGCGUCAAGUACGACAUCGUAAUUUGUGAGGACGAUCCAUACUACUUUCUUCAGUAUCCAACGUAUAACGCGAGUCAGCCACCAUAUGAUCCUCUUGUGGCAGAAAACACUACAGUCGACGAAUACGUGAAGGGACUGGCGCCUUCAUUCAUGUCACUAGACUAUCAAGGGCGAGUGAUUCGGCUGGAAAGUUUCAGCAAGACGCUCGCCCCCGGGAACAGAGUGGGUUUCUUUGUCACCAACCCCAUAUUUAUCGAGCGUCUUCUCAGAGGUACCGAAGUGGAGACGCAGGCUCCAAGCGGCUGGGCAGUCCUAAUGCUCUCGAAUCUACUCCAGACAUGGGGAUCAGCAGGAUAUUUGCAAUGGCUCGCACAACUGAGGAACCAAUACCGGGCGAGACGUGACUGGAUGUGCUCAGCCCUCGAAUCAAACUUCGUUCUCAAAUCUGUUGAUAAGGUGAAAGACCCUCCAACCGGUGCUGAAGGACUGUUGGCCUAUGCCAACGGACAGGCAAAGGCACCGAUUUUCAGCUUUGUGCCCCCAACAGCUGGAAUGUUCCUGUGGGCGCGCUUCUACCUGUACGGCUCUCCCAGAUUCCAGAAGCUUCAACAAUCAGCGGACUGUAUUGAUCCAGAGAAGUCAUUUCAGGACGAGCUGUGGCUGGCUCUUGCGAACAAGCUGGUCUUGCUGACUCCCGGCUCAUACUACACCCCCUGGCAGGGCAAAGACAAAGUGACGACAGAAGCUCGAGGGGCAGAAAACGGUAUCUGCUUUUUCCGGCUGUCGUUCUCAAUGGUGACAAAAGAACAGAUGGAGCUGGGUAUCACACGCAUGCAUGAAGUCUUGCAAGACUUCUGGCAAUGA